CUGCCUGGUUGCUAGACGACUCAAUCUCGCAGCCCUCAUGUGAAAACAGUAACAUCUGCCCGGAGAGGAGACAGCGUUUUAACGGAUUUUCGGGAAGCUAUGGUCAACUGCGUCUGUCGCCGCACCACCGGCCCGUUACGUGGAGAAUCCGCAGGGUUGUGGAGGGACAUUUCGCGUUGUAGCAUAGCUAACGUCUCUUUUGUUGCCCCGUGUUUUUACUACUACUAGCAAGCGGGGAAACCUGAAGUGAGCCGCUUGAGUUUGAGGGGGGAGAAAAAAAAAUGAGAGUGCCACACACGGAGGAAGUCAAUUUUUCCAACUUAACGUAACGUUUGUUCUACCGCGAUGUUUAGCGCAACUGCUAAAAUGUCUCUGGAGGCGAGUGAUGUUCAAACAGAUGAAGACUGCGAGGAGCUGGUUGAGGAUGGCUUCUCUUUCUCUGCUGAUAUUCUGGAAAAGAGGACCAGGAGGAAACGAUCUUCUGGGAAGCCUCCUCCUUCUCCAAGGUCUCCAUACCUCUCCAGCCUGAACGUGAACCCCAGAAGAGCAGCAGUGGCUGCCUGGAGACUACCGAGGGCGUCCCUGGGGGACACCAGAGGGGAAACGACUGGGGAGAUGGGCUCAGCUCGUCUCACAUCCCUCAGCAACGGUCAUGAUCUGUCCCAGAUGCUGAGGUCAGAGUGCGACGUCACGCCGGAGCUUCUCAAACACACCUUGAGCAUGAGGAAGCACAAACAUCUCCACCCUGCUUCCAAUGGUGAGAGGAUGUGUAGGUGUGACAGUGGCGAAGGCUUCUCCUUCGGCACAGGGGACUACAGGGAGAAGGAGGACAUGUAUGAUGAGAUCAUUCGCCUCAAGAAGAGUCUGCAGGCGCAGAAGUCUGACAACCAGCAAAUGAGAGUGAAACUACGCCGCCUGGAGGAAGAUAAUGCUAAAAGAGAGAAACAGAUAGAAGAACUGUUGGAUCCCACUAAAGGAUCUGAGUAUACUCGCAGUUUGGUGGAUAAGAAGAAAGAAGGGAGUGUGGUUCUCAACGGGCUGAAGCAGAGAAUCCUGAAGUUGGAGCAGCAGUGUAGAGAGAAAGAAAAUGUCCUGAGUAAACUGCAAAGUGAGCUGAGGACCACUAACUUGGAGGAGCUGAAGAUCACAGUAGAAACUUACUUUGAAGAGAUCCAGAGACUGAAGAUGCUUCUUGAAGCUUCGGAGAAAAGUAGUCGAGCAGAGAGUAAAUGCUCCCAGAGGCAGCAGAAAGCUUUAAGCUCCACGGUUCAUCGUCUGUCCGAGAACCUGAAGCAGCUUCAACAGGAGAACGUAACACUCCGAGAAGAACUCAACACUGACAGUCCUGCAGAAGGAAUCAAAGGUUACAGAGAGUGGAGUAAACAGCGACUGCUGCGAAGGUUGUUGGAAGUGGAGAAGAGGCCGGAGGACAGCCGAAGACACGCCCACCCAGCAGAGCGCAGCUGCCGAUUGGAUCGGGAGAUCCAGGCCACGCCCACUGAGAUUCUGGGGUUUGCCAUGGCAACAGAGGCAGUGGUCUCUGUGGGAACGAUCACUGAAGAAGGGGAGGAGGUUUCAGAUCUGAGAGAACGCCUCAGCCAAUUGGAGAAGGAAAGGGUGGAGCUUCAAGAGAUGCUGUCAAGUAAAGAGGAUGAACUGAGACAAUUUAGGACAGAAAGAGAAGAACUGGAAAAAGAAACAGAAAGUUGGAAGGCUGAACAAACAAAUGAACGGGACAAAGAGAGAGAGCAGCAUAAACAGGAGUUGGAGCAGUUGUUGGCGAGGAUCCGAACUCUGGAGGACGACGAAAUCAACAAACCUGCCCAAGCUGAGCUCUCCGCCACAACGGCAUUGGACCAUGAGGAGGAUCUGGGCAGAUCAGGUCUGAAGGAGGGAGAGGAGAGGGACACUGGAGGUAGAGAGAAGGAGGGGGAAAGAGAUGAAGAUUUGGGUAGAGAUGUAGAGAAGAAGAGGAGUGUAAGAACGCAACAUAAAGAAAGGGAGAAAGCCGCAAGGAUCAUCCAGACAAACUGGAGGGAGCACAGAAAUAGGGACACUGUGAUGAUGCAGUCAGCAUUUAGAGGCCAUCUCCUCAGAGAGUCGCAGCUCAAGGACCUGCUGAAAGACACGCAGAACAAGGCUGUCGGAGCAACAAACCGCAGCGAUGAGGCAUCCUCUGUAGGUGGAGACUUGGAUGUGGGUUCAUUGACGAUGAUACAGUCUGCAUUCAGGGGACACCUGGCUCGGUGUAGUCUUGUCAUAGAGAGCUCAGGGUUCUCUGUGCCUUCUCCAGUGGGAAACAGUUUGCCCACGCCGGUACCAAGAAGAGCUCGCUCGACACCCAGCAGAACAGGUGCUGCAUCCCUCCAUAACGACGAAAAAAAGCAGGGUGAUGAAGAAGACCCAGAGCCUGUCUCUGGCACUCAAGCCUCCAGGAUGACACCCACAAAAGAACAAACAGAGCUCCAUUGCACAGCUGAGUCUGGAGCAGCCGCUGCAGUCGAUUCUGAUGAUUCUGAUGAUAUCAUUGUCUCUCCAUCACGUCCUCUGAGAAGCAGAGAAGUCUUCAUCUUAUAGAUCUCCUGAGCUGUGUGAGUUAGUGUGAGAGUGUGUGUGUGUGUGAGAGAGAGAGAGAGAAAGAGAGUGUAUGUAGGAAAAAUUUCUGCCCGUGUUUCUACUCAGAGCCCAAAUGUGAGGCUUAAAUGGCCAUGUUUUUAUCCAAGUUCUUAUUGAACCUGCAAAGGGUGGCCGGGAUAUUCCAAUAUUUGCCUAUUUUGUCAUCUGCAAGAGCUUCUCCCACAGUAAUAACCAGAAUAUUUUGGGAAGUCAGGUGCAGGAUCUUUUAUGACAGGGCACAUCAGCACUUUGCUUUGAUCAUGCUCUUAUUUAGGAUACUGUCACAAUACGUCGAAGCCUCCAGAGUCUUGACUGAAUAAUCACCCAGUUUAGUGUUUAAACGCUUGGACCAGAAGGUCGGGGAUUUAUUGUCAAAGUGGAGGAAAAAGCACUCGUGGACAGGAAAUGAACAUUCCUAUUCAUUUUGAUCUGUUAUGCUCGUGGUUUGUCAUUUUGAGCCAAAUAUUCUCAGUGGUUAUUUUCUUUACCAACGUGUCUACUGCACGGAUAUUCAGAUUACAAUUACAGCAGUAAAUGCAUUAAUUUCUGUUGACCUGACUGAUCCAAGUGAGCAACAUCACUGUAAAUUCCUCUGUAUUUCACAGGCAUGAAAUAAUUAAUGAAUCAUGUUUUGACAUGCCAUAUGAGUAACACAUAAAUGUCCGUAGGCUAAUCUGUCACGUAUGCUUAAUAAAUAAUGGCUGAUUCUGAGGUAGGAUUGAGGGAUGAUUCUCAACUGAUGCACUAUUGAGCCAAACUGUGAAUAAAUUAUAAAUCAGCUCGCUGCAAUACUUAACACACAGUCAGUACAGUGGAAGAUACACAGGGACUACGUCUAAUGCCAAUAAUGUUUGUGCUCUCAAAUAGACUAAUGAUAACCUGUUGGAAGCUCAGCUGAAAGAGUGCAGGAGUGCAGUUUCCACGUGAUGUAUGUAACUUAAUUUCUGAGACAUUCAAUUAAAUGCUUUUUUUU